CUCUGGGUCUUCCCUUCCUUGACUUUUAGGGGAAUCUGUUUAAUUUGUCUUUGUGGUGUUACCAUCCAAGGAUUCAAUUUACUGCCCAUGCAUGCAGCCAGCUCUAGGUGGCUGUGUGGCUGCAGAGACAAUGCAACAGAAAAGAAGGACCUCCGCACUACCCACCCCACCCUUCUCCCUGCCCACAGAGAGGGAUGGAGUUGGGGGGGAGCAUUCUGAGCAUUCAGGGAGGGGUCCUGGAGGGAUAAUUAGGCUGCCCCAGGCUGGACCAGCUGGCCCAGUCUUGGCCUCUUGCAUGCCAGUGACUCCUCGUGGGAGUCAAGGCUUUUGGGGGUGCUUGGUUUGUGGAUCCCACUCACUCUCCAAGGAAACCUCUGACUUUCACAUAGAGGGAGGUAUGAGAGGCCGAUUUUCCCAUUUCUGUUGGGAAAAUGGAGUGAAGGUGGGAGAUACGCCAGGGCACAAGGUCAGGAAAUAAGUGGUAGGAUCAGCCCUUUGAACGAAGCUGUCCCCAGCUGCUAGUGCCAUGUUCUCUCCCUGUGGCAGGGUCCUGUGUCCCUUCUCCCUGUAACAUGUCAGCCUCUGGUCAAAAAGAGAAAAUUUGUGCAGCUCAGAAUCCUCAGCUUACAGGUGGUGGGACGCCGGGCGUAAGAACUUGAAUUGGCCACAAGGUGGCGCCAAACACCAAGUCGUCAUAAUUUUCGGUUUUAAACCUGAAAUGCGUGGAGUAAGUUCUGCUGGGGUUCCAAGGCCCGCAGGGCUGAGAUCCUCCUAAGGGCACGAGAGAGUCCACUGCCCUCAGUCAGUCCCUUUGGGGCUGGUGGGGGACCCCUCAAUUUCCUCUAAACCUGCCUAUCUCUUACUCUCUUUCAGCGCUCUCCUGAGCCAGAAACCUGCCCCCUCUCCCCUCCCACAAAAAUGCUACAUCCUCGAGUGGGCAGGUCUUGGGGAGGAGAAGAGGGGGAGAUUGGAAGGAGGGAAGCAGGACUGCAAAGGCCUCAGGGCCCAGGCUUGGGGUCCUAAGGGACUAAGAGUCUAAGACCAGGGCCAGGCAGAGAAGAGGGGGUUUCUGGCCCCGCCUCUUUUCUCCUUCGGUGGCCUGAGGCCUCUCCUGCUGACUCCUGCUGCCGGGUCUUCUUGGAGAAAGCUCUAGCCAUCCUCCUUCUUGCUCAGGGUGGGGAGCAGAGAAGCCGAGGCGGUAAGGGUGGCUGUCAGGCAGGACCUCUGCAUCCCCUAGAAGCAGAGGAUGGGGCCCCGAGGCCAGGCCAAGAGGAGUGGCCCCACCUUAUUCCUCUCAUUCCCACCCCGCCCUGCAGGGCAAAUCCCCACCUCGCAGCCACCCCAGUGCCUUCCUCCUGGCAGAUUAUCUCAGCUCGGCUGGACAGCGCCUUGCACCUGGAGCCAUGGACGCUGCUCUGCUCCUGAACGUGGAAGGGGUCAAGAAAACUAUUCUGCACGGGGGCACGGGGGAGCUCCCAAACUUCAUCACUGGAGCCCGAGUGACCUUUCAUUUCCGCACCAUGAAAUGUGACGAGGAGCGGACAGUGAUCGAUGACAGCAAGCAGGCGGGCCAUCCUAUGCACAUCAUCGUCGGGAACAUGUUCAAGCUGGAGGUCUGGGAAACCCUGCUGGCGUCCAUGCGGGUCAACGAGGUGGCCGAGUUCUGGUGUGACACCAUCCACACAGGAGUCUACCCCAUGCUGUCCCGGAGCCUCCGGCAGGUGGCGGAGGGCAAGGACCCCACCGAGUGGCAUGUGCACACCUGUGGGUUGGCCAACAUGUUCGCCUACCACACGCUGGGCUACGAGGACCUGGAUGAGCUGCAGAAGGAGCCGCAGCCUCUGAUCUUCGUGAUCGAGCUGCUGCAGGUUGAGGCCCCCAGCCAGUACCAGAGGGAGACAUGGAACCUGAGUAAUGAUGAGAAGAUGCAGGCAGUGCCCAUCCUCCACGGAGAAGGGAACCGGCUCUUCAAACUGGGCCGCUACGAAGAGGCAUCUACCAAGUACCAGGAAGCCAUCGUCUGCCUGAGAAACCUGCAGACCAAGGAGAAACCCUGGGAGGUGCAGUGGCUGAAGCUGGAGAAGAUGAUCAACACCCUGAUCCUGAACUACUGCCAGUGUCUGCUGAAGAAGGAGGAGUACUACGAGGUCCUGGAGCACACCAGCGACAUCCUCCGGCACCACCCAGGCAUCGUGAAGGCCUACUACGUGCGGGCCCGGGCUCACGCUGAAGUGUGGAACGAGGCGGAGGCCAAGGCGGACCUGGAGAAAGUGCUGGAGCUGGAGCCAUCCAUGCGGAAGGCCGUGCAGAGAGAGCUGAGGCUGCUGGAGAACCGGCUGGAGGAGAAGCGGGAGGAAGAGCGCCUGCGCUGCCGGAACAUGCUGGGCUAGUGCGCAGGCGCCGGGCCUCCCGCCCGCCCCUCCCCCUCGGC